GAACAAGUCAGCGCCUGGUGUGACAACCAGACAGCUGCUGGCUCGUCUUGCCAGGUCCGUAGCUUGCAGCCCGGCCACGUCGUCCUGCCUGGCCUCCACGAUGCCCACGGCCACAUCCUCGACCUUGGCUGGUCCCGUGGUGCCGCCGAUCUCGUCGGUGCUACCUCCAUACGCGAGAUCAUCAAGCGACUGGAACAGUACGUUGAAAGCCGCGCAGAUCUUCUCGAGAACGAGAGCAAAUGGGUCGAAGGGCUCGGCUGGGAUCAGACAAAGUGGGACCCGGCCGUGUUUCCGACGGCUGCCGACCUCGUCGCUUCCUCACCUCUUCUUGCGUCCCGUCGCAUCGCGCUGAGGAGGAUCGAUGUGCACGCACUCUGGCUCUCGCCAAAGGCCCUGGAGGCCCUGGAGGAGGCCAAAGUGCUACCUCCAAACGGCACCGACGUCGAGGGUGGCCUCAUCAUUCGAGACGAGCACGGCGAACCGACGGGAUGCCUUAUUGACAAGGCAAUGGACUUUGCCUACAAAGUUAUUCCAAAAUGGACCAACGAGGAUCGUAGUCGAUUUCUCGCCAUGGCUGCCGACGCGCUCCUCUCUGUUGGCAUCACCAGCGUCGGCGAUGCGGCUGUCGACAUAGCCAGCCUGGACUAUAUGCGAGGUGUCGACCGAGGGGGGAAGCUUCCCCUUCGCAUCUACGGCAUGCUCGCUUGCCCGCCUGGCCAGCCGCGCUGCGCCGACCUCGCUGCGUCGCACGAUUACCCGCUGCUGCCCACACCCGAGUCCCGCUUGACGGUGCGGACGGUCAAGCUCUUUGCCGACGGCGCGCUGGGGAGCUGGGGCUCGGCCAUGUGGGAGCCCUACAGUGAUCGACCGGCCGAGCGGGGCCUGAUGCUGAUCCCUGAAGACGACAUCGAGCCGCUGAUCCGCUACUGGGCCGACCGAGGCUGGCAGGUGGGUACGCACUGCAUCGGCGACCGCGCCAACACCCUCGUCCUCGACGCCUACCAGUCCAUUCUCAGCGACGGCACCCGUCGCACCGACCAAUUGUCACUGCAGUCGCUGCAGUCGCAGUCGCAGCAGCAGCAGCAGCAGCAGCAGCAGCAGCAGCAAAAAGACGAGCGAUUUCGAAUCGAGCAUGCCCAGAUCGUGCGCACGGCCGACAUUGCCCGCUUUGGCCAGCUGGGCGUCAUCCCCUCUGUCCAGCCCACGCACUGCACCUCCGACAUGGCCUACGUCGAGUCGCGCCUGGGCCACGCAAGGUCCGAGGGCGCCUACGUCUGGUCCGGCUUUCUGCAAGGCAACGGUAGCGCACCCCACUACACCUUGGCCCUCGGGUCUGACUUUCCCGUCGAGCUGCCCAACCCGUUCCAUGGCUUCUACUCUGCCGUGACGCGCAUGGAUCCCCAGGGCAGCUCGCCGUGGGGAAAAGGCACGGCGUGGUUUGGCAAGCAGCGCCUGACGAGGCCCCAGGCGCUGCACGGCUUCACAGUGGCGCCGGCCUAUGCCCAGUUCGAGGAGCACGUCGGUGGGAGCUUGGCCGCGGGCAAGCGCGCCGACUUUGUCCUCGUCGACCGCGAUGUCAUGGAUACGGACAAGACGACGGCGGGGCAGAUGCGCGAGGCAGUCGUCUUGGCGACAUUCAUUGACGGGAAACCCGUCUGGCAAAAGUGA